UGAUGGUGGCAGUGUCACGUUCGGGACAGUCUGAUCGAAAUGGAUCUGGGGCAGACGUGUGUCCUCCUGUUGGUGACAAUGGGUACUCUUGCAACCAGACCUGUGAGUCUCACUCACAGUGUGAUGACGAAUUGUACUGCUGUGAGGUCGACUGUGGCAAAACCUGCCUGACCAGAUUUCAGGCAAAACAAUCGAAAGACUGUCCUCCACCUGACCCGGAUUUAGCGUGUGUCCAAUUUCUUCAUCGCUGCAACAACGACAAGGACUGCAGAGGGGACAAUGGUAAUGGCGAAGGAAAGAAUGGCGAAAGGGAGAAUGGCGAAGGGGAGAAUGGAAAUGGGGAAAGCAGUAAAGGGGAAAAUGGGGAAGGGGAAAAUGGCGAAGGAGAGAAUGGCGAGCGUCGCUGCUGUUUACACCCCAACUGCGGCAGAAGUUGUGUCAAGAGAUGGCUGCCACAAUCCACUGAGGGGACGAGUGAUAAGUGGAGGAGGAAGUAGUGAUAAAAGGGGGAGGGUGUAGUGAGGAGGGGAGGAGAAUGCAGGGAAGGAGGGAGG